CGGGUCUGCGCGGGGCGCUGGGAUAUGCGUGACGUCACUCGGGAGGCUGCUCGCACAGUAACGGUCGGGGAGAGCCAGCGCUGAGGUGAGAGUGGAGAGCCUCUGUCAGUACCCACCAUGCAGUGCGCUGAGAGUGGAGAUCCUCUGUCAGUACCCACCAUGCAGUGCGGUGAGAGUGGAGAGCCUCUGUCAGUACCCACCAUGCAGUGCGGUGAGAGUGGAGAGCCUCUGUCAGUACCCACCAUGCAGUGCGGCGCUCAUGGCGGGAGAUUUGGUUUCGGUUACUGACGUUCACAUCUCCUGUUUAUCUUCCUCAUUAAUUAACACAAUAUCCCCCCCCUCCCUUAGUUCCGGGAAUGUCUGUCAUGAUAACAGAGGGGGUUUGUCAAAUCCUGGUCCUAAAUGGGGUUAUAUGCCUUCACAAACCUGUUGGCCUUAUGAAUAAUAAAAUAAUAAUAUUAAUCAUCAUAUAAUUAUUAUUUUACUUAACCCUUUCAGGAUGGAGUCAAUAGUGCACGUUCUGAUCAAAACGUAAACAAAAACUGGAAUUUGUUACCGGCCCCAGCGGGCACUUUGCUCACCUCAGCCAUGGCCAACUCACAGUGAUCAAAAUACAGAUCACAGUAUUUCACUGUGAUCUGAUUUUUUUUUUUUUUUAACCCCUUAGGGUUAACUUUUAUAUAUAUUUUUUUUAAUCCUCAGGGGUUAAAUCUAUUUAACUUUAAAUAUUUUAAAAUAUUUAUUUAGCUAGGGUGGGUAGGAGUUAGUGGGGAAAUUGGGGGAUUUACGAAUAGGCUGGUUAGGGGUUAAAACAAAUAAUAAAUGUGAAAAAAAACUUUUGUAAAGUUUUUAAACAAAGUUUUAAAAUAGUAAAAUAAGUUGUUAAAAGCUAAGUAAAACUUUUGACACUUGGUACAGAAUAGCAAAAAAAUGAUACCACACUAAGGUUUCAAAUAUGCCUUUUGAAACACCCUGGGGUGUCUUCUUUAGGAAAAGGUAUGCCUUUGUGAAGUAAUUGGAAAACACAACCUAUUAAAAAAAUUCCAAAGUGGGGCAUGGACCCAGCUUCAAAAUUCUAACUUAAAUGGCUGUCUCUCAAAUGUGCCCCUUCAACGUUGUCAUAUACCUGGUAAAGGUACAUACGGGGGUAUUGCUGUACUUAGAUGACAUAGCGGAGCAACAUAUGAUGUAUUAUACUGCUGUCGCACAUAUAAGGUUUGAAAAAUAUAUAUUACAAACUCAUUGAGAGUGUCAAAAAGGCAUAAAAAAUUUCUUUAUGGGGUAGCUGGCAUAAUUAACUUAAAAAAACCCCUCCAAAGUGGGGUAUGGACACAGCGUAAAAAUGUUAUGUUUGAAAAAACUUAAAUGGCUGUGUCUCAAAUGUGCCCCUUCAAUGUCCGCAUAUACCUGGCAAAGGUACAUAUGGAGGUAUUGCUGUGCUCAGGCAACAUAGCUGAGCAAGAUAGGAAUUAUUAUAUAGUCGUAGCACACAUUAUGUUUGCAAAAUAUACAGUGCAAACUCACUGUGUGUCAAAAAAACAGAAAAAAUGUUUAUUACCACUACACUUGGUACAAGCUAGCGGAAAGAUUAUUUCACGCUAAGGUUCAAAAUAAGUCUUUUGAAAUACCCUAGGGUGUCUUCUUUAAGAAAUGGCAAGCCUUUAUGGGGUAGCUGGAAUAAUUAACCUCCAAAGUGGGGUAUGUACACAGAGUAAAAAUUUAAAGUUUAAAAAAACGUAAAUGGCUGUGUCUCAAAUGUGCCCCUUCAAUGUCCACAUAUACCUAGCAAAGGUACAUAUGGGGGUAUUCCUGUGCUCAGACGACGUAGCUGAGCAAGAUAAGAAGUAUUAUAUAGCCUUAGCACACAUAAGGUUUGCAUAAUACACAGUACAAACUCACUGUGUGUGUGUCAAAAAAGCAGAAAAAAUGCUUAUUACCACUACACUUGGUACUAGCUAGCGGAAAUAUGAUCCCACGCUAAAGUUCAAAAUAUGCCUUUUGAAAUACCCUGGGAUCCCUUCUUUAAGAAAUAGUAUGCUUUUAUGGGAUAGUUGGAAUAUAUAGCCUGCUAAAAAAAACUCCAAAGUGGGGUAACAACACAGUGUAAAAAUUCAAAGUUUGAAAAAACCUGCAAUGGCUGUGUCUAAAAUGUGCCCCUUCAACGUCUACAUAUACCUGGCAAAGGUACAUACGGGGGUAUUGCUGUACUCAGAUAACAUAGCUGAGCAACAUAUAAAGUAUUAUAAAGCCGUAGCACACAUAAGGUUUGCAAAAUAUACAGUACAAACUCACUGUAUGUCAAAAAGGCAGAAAAAAAAUGCUUAUUACCACUACAUUUGAUACAAGCUAACGGAAAAAUUAUCGCACGCUAAGGUUCCAAAUUUGCCUUUUGAAAAACCCUCGGGCGUCUUCUUUAAGAAAUAGUAUGCCUUUUUGGGGUAGUUAGAAAAAGCAGCCUGCUAACAUAUUUAAAAAUAGAAUACGGACCCAUUAAAACUCUCCAUGUAAAUUCACACUUAAAAACCUGAACUUGUCACGUCUCUUUCACAGCACUGUAAUUUCACAAAAUAGUGUCUAGAUCAUGAACUGGGCUUAUUGUUUUACUGAGUAGAGGUAAAUGAGCAUACUUAUCAAAUGUAAGAUACCCAGUGAAAAUGCAACAUGUAUGUAAAAAAAUUUAAUUUUUUUUUUUCUCACCACAAAAUUUGAAGUAAAUUGGUGAAAAAAUGGUGGCAAGUUAAGGUAUAAUAUAUGCCUAAUAACAUACUCUGGAGUGUCUGCUUUCUCAAAUGGAAGGCCUUUGUGGGGUUAUUUGAACAGUCAAAUAGCUAUAAUGCCACAAAAUCAGACAUAUGACCAUCUGUGAAAAUUCCAACUAUAGAAACUGAAAUAGCAUGGUCUCCUAUAUGGCAUUGUAGCUUCACAGAAUAGGGGCAAAGGUAUACAAUGGGGUUAUUGUUGUACUCAGCAGAUGUACCUGAACACGAUAUGGGCUUCUGUACAGGGAUAGCACACACUAGGUUUACAAAAUACACAUUACAAAAACCUUGUAUGUGUAUAUGCCAAAAUAGAGAAAAAAACACAAUUUUACUCCAAUAUUUAGCAGAGAUUGGCGGUGAAAUGGCUACGCAAAAAGUGUCAAACUAACCUUAGGUAAAUAGCCUGUGAUGUCUACUUUAUAUAAAUAUAUACUUUUGUGUGGCAAUUUUGUUUCCUGUAAUGGGUAUUAAACUUCCAAGACAGACAUACCUUGUACUUAGACCUUGUAGUUUGUGACCUGUAACUUUCAAAAUAAACUGAAAUCCUACACAUAUUAUGCACUUUGUAAAUCAAAACACAUAAAUGAAUUGAUUUGAAUUACUUUUCCUAAGCUGGACAUAUUAUGCACACAUUAUUAUUGUCAAAACUUGGGGGGAAAAAGCACAGUUUUUUUGUUUUUUUUCCACAUUAUUUUGCAAUUUUUUUUUUUUUAAUAAAUGAGAAUUUAUAUAUGUAUAUGUCACAUCAAAUUAAAGCCCUUUUUGUUGUCUAAAAACUGUAUAUAAUACAAAAUGGUACAUAUAAACAAAAUGGUACAAUAAAUGAGAGAGAUGCAAAUUGCAGUUGAACACAAACCGCAAAAAAUGCUUGUGUCCUUAAGGGUAUGUCCAGCUUCUGAAGCUGUGUCCUUAAGGGGUUAAGGACCAGCCUCUUUUUACACUUUUGUGGUGUUUGUGUUUAGCUGUAAUUUUCCGCUCUCUCAUUUACUGUUCCCAUACAAAUUUAUAUAUUUUUUUCAGGACAAAAAGGGCUUUUUUUAUAUUUAUAUAAUCUCAUAAUUUAUAUAUAUAUAUAUAUAUAUAUAUAUAUAUAUAUAUAUAUAUAUAUAUAUAUAUAUAUAUAUAUAUAUAUAUAUAUAAAAUUUUAAAAAAAUACAAAAUUUUGUCCUGAGUUUAAAAAUACCCAGUGUUUACAUGCUUUUUUGCAAGUUAUAGGGCUAUAAGUACAAGUAGGAUAUUACGGUUUCAAAACAUACAUUAUCAAUAGUGACAUUGUAACACUAUUAUCUGUCAUAAAUCUCUGAAUAACACCCCACAUGUACAUAUUUUUUUUUAAAGUAGACAACCUAGGGUAUUCAAUAUGGGGUAUGCCCAGUCAUUUUUAGUAGCUACAUAGUCACAAACACUGGCCAAAGUUAGCAUUCAUAUUUGUUUGUGUGUGAAAAGAGUAAAAAACUAAAUUGAACGCAAAUUUUGGCCAGUGUUUGUGACUAAGUAGCUACUUAAAAAGACUGGACAUACCCCAUUUGCAAUACCUUGGGUUGUCUUCUUUUGCAAAUGGUAUGCCAUCAUGGGGAUAAUUCUCCUUCCUGGGCUACCAUAUGCCCUCAAAGGCAACAUAACCAACCUGGCAAUUUUCAAUGUAAAAAUAUUUGACCCUGUAAGUUUCAAAAACGCUAUAAAACCUGUACAUGGGGGGGUACUGUUAUACUCGGGAGACUUUGCUGAACACAAUUAUAUCAUCAGUAAAAGUGCUGUUUGUGUGUGAAAAAUGAGAAAAAAGUCACUUUCACUGACAAUAUCAUAGCUGUGAUAUGUUUUACUGUUUUGAAUCACUAAUAUUUGUGUUCAGCGAAGUCUCCCGAGUAAAACAGUACCCCCCCAUGUACAGGCUUUAGGGUGUCAUAGAAAGUUACAGGGUAAAAUACAGUGCUAGCAAAUUAAAUUCUCUGGACUUUCGGCCUGGGUUGUCAGGCAGGUCCCUCAAAUUGCAAUCAGUAAAAUUACUUAAUUAUGUAAAAAUAUUACAUAAAUACAGACGUAGAAUUUAAAAAUAUAUGCAUACUUAUAUAUUUGAAGUCUACGUGUAUAUUUUUAUAAUUUCAUUUUGUAUAUGGACAUAUGUAUAUUUCGUUUUAUUUAUUUAUUAAUUCUAUUCUUUUAUUAACAUGUACCUUUAAUUUUUGGGGGAUUUUCCACUCGCAGGGAGACUGCCUGUCAGCACAGGCAGUCCCCCUGCAAGCAGACACAUGGACACCUAUUGUGAUCGCUCUGUUGAGCGAUCACAUGGCCCCAGGGGUCCUAAUCCACCAUGGGGCGUCUCCCCACACCGGGAGCAACGCUGAUCGCCGCCGGGGGAACGACGGCGAUCGGGUAAGUACAUCUGAACGUUGUGGCGGUUCAGGACUGUCAGCGGUCGGCAACGCAGAAAUACCGAUGACGGUCCUGAACCGUCACCGGUCCUUAACUCCUUAAGGACCAAACUUCUGGAAUAAAAGGGAAUCAUGACAUGUCACACAUGUCAUGUGUCAUUAAGGGGUUGUUGGCGAAAUCAAACCAAGCAUUUGAUAUCCUGAGUAUCUGCCCCUGUCCAGAUUAAAAGGGUUAUAGAGCGUGCACACCUCCCGAGUAAUUCACACCAGACACAAGGUUCUGGUUAAUGAAUCAGCUGAGGAAUGUUUAUUUUCGGGGGUUGGACCCCCUUAUAAAGCACUAAUACAUCAAAUGCAUAAUUACAGAUAACAGUGAAGAAUACAUCAACAGUUGGUUAGGUGUUAAGUGGUUUUAGUCAAAGCAUGUCCUACUGAUCAGAACGUCAUGCCGUGGGACCUGUGUCAUAAAGUUCUCCCCCAGAUUCCAGUGCCAUCUUGUAUACUGUCGACGGGAGGGGUAACUCAUAGCGGCCAUUUUGAGUAGUCAUUGUUAUGUGAGUUUAGUUAGUUUAACGAAGUAAAUAGGCAUUUUACUAAAUUGUCUAUUAUGUCCUUAACAAGGUUAAGGAGACGUGCAUUUGCAUAUAACCAAUAUUUCAGUCCAACUACCUUGACAUAUUAAACCCUUAAGGAUGCAGCUUCACAACCUGGACUUACCCAUAAGAACACAAGCCAUUUUUGCAUUUUUUUUACUGUUUGUGUUCAAACACAAUUUGCAUCUCUGUCAUUUAUUGCACCAACUCAUAUUAUAUACUGUUUUUUUUAGAGGGCAAGAAGGGCUUUAAUUUGAUGUGACAUAUAUAUAUAUAUACUAAUUAAUUAUAAAACAAAUGCUAAAAAAUGGGUAAGAAAACUGUUUUGACAAUAAUAGCGUGUGCAUAAUAUGUCCAGCUUAGAAAAAGUUAUUCAAAAUAAAUGCAUUUGUGUCUUGAUUUAUAGAGUACAUAAUAUGUAUAGAGUUUCAGCUUGUUUUGAAAGUUACAGGUCACAAAAUAAAAGGACUAAAAUGCAAUUUUAGAAAUUGGUAUGUUUGUCUUGUAGGUUUAGUAGCCAUCACAGAAAACAAAAUUGCCACACCAAAGUAUAUAUUUAUUUAAUGUAGACCUCACAGGCUAUUUACCUAAGAUUAUUUUGACACUUUUUACGUAGCAAUUUCAUCGCCAAUCUCUGCUAAAUAUUGGAGUAAAAUUGUGUUUUUUCUCUGUUUUGGCAUAUACACAUAUAACAAGGUUUUCGUAAAGCUGGUGUAUACUAUUCCUGUACAGAAACCCAUAUUGUGUUCAGCUGCAUCUGCCGAGUAUAACGAUACCCCCAUUGUAUGCCUUUGGCACUAUUCUGUGAAGCUACAAUGCCAUAUAAGAGACAAGGCUAUUUCAGUUUCUAGAGUUAGAAUUUUCAUAGAUGGAUUUGUCGGGCCUAUGUCUCAUUUUGGGGUAUUUAUAUCAGUGUGAGCAUUCAAAUAACCCCACAAAAGGCUUCCAUUUGAUAAAGCAGACACCCCAGGGUAUCUUAUAUGGCGUAUAUUGUGCCUUAACUUGUCACCAUUUUUUCACCAAUUUAUGUCAAUGUUUGUGGUGAGGGGAAACUUUGAAUUUUUAUGCUGUGUCCAGGUCCCAUUUUAGAGUAUUUUAGCAGGCUAUAUAUUCCCACUAUCCCAUAAAGCAGGCUUCCACAAACGCUGGCCCUCCAGAUGUUGCUGAACUACAACUCCCAUGAUUCUAUGAAUGAAAUAGGCUGAGAAUCAUGGGAUAAUUGGGAUCUGGUCUGCCUAAUGCAACACACAGGAAUGAGGGAGUCCGACUCGGAGUGAAUUGCUCAGAACUGAACUAAGACAGGGAUACACCCAAACCUGUCCAAAGAAGUAAAGGACAGUAAUACCUUCAAGGCAGUGUGUUCAGGAGCUGGUUCACUUUAAUAUGGCUUGAUUGAUGGUAUAAUAGUUAUGUCGACUUCUAAAACAAUUAAUAGUAGCAGAGAGAAAAUGUGUGGUGUGUAUACCUUUAAAUCUGCUAAAGGCAGAUUCUAUCUGUUACACACCAAAUAUUCUGCUUUAUAUAAAGCAACUACUUAUUACAGAAUAACAACAUCAGAAACAUCAAGAAUAGUUAUCUGUAUGAUAUUAUAAUAUAUGGUGAGUAUUGCUUUAAAUCACUAAAUGGUGCAAAAGGCAAUAUUCAACUUGUAAUGGAGAGAUAUAUGAAAAAAUGAUCUCUAUAUUUAAAGUCAAAUUUGAAAUAGAUCAGUGAAAAUUCCAAAAAACCACUAUAAAAAAGUAUUAAAAUAAUGUAAUGUAUAAAUUCAUUGAUAAUAUAUUCAAAGGAUAAGUAAGAGAAUAGUUAAAAAUAGUUAAAAAAUAUAAAAUACAAUAUACAUAAAAAAAUGAGAGCCAGUGUGUAUGUGUAUAUAUAUAUAUAUAUGUGUGUGUGUAUAUAUAUAUGUGUGUGUGUAUAUAUAUAUGUGUGUAUAUAUAUGUGUGUAUAUAUAUAUAUAUGUAUAUAUAUAUGUGAUCUAAGUAUAUAUUAUUUUUUUUUUUUACACUUUUAACUCAUUUAAUUUUAUUUUCAGCCAGCAGGGGGACCACCUGCAUUACAGGCAGCCCCCCUGCUGGCAAUACAGAAGCCAGCUAUCCCCGGCCAUGUGAUUGUGGGGUCCUCGCAAGGACCCCACUCUCACACGGCCGGGGGGCUUCGUGGAGGACAGACGUGCCGCGGGGGGCUCCCUGGGAGUCCCCCCCCACGGCGAUCGCCGGCGUGGGACCGCCGGCACCGGGUAAGUACCGAAAGACCGGAGGGCGUACUAUUACGCCCGGCUGCGUUUAGAGCCGCCUAUAAUAGGGCGUAAUAGUACGCCCUCCGGUCUAAAGGGGUUAAAAGGCAUAAUUUGAACCUUAGCGUGGGAACAUUUUUUCACUGGUUUAUUACAGGUGUAGUGGUAAUAAGCAUUUUUAUAAUGUAUUUUUUUUUAACUUUUUAAAAGUCUUUUUACUUUUUAAAACUUGAUUUUAAACUUUUUUUGUUUACUUAUUAAUUUUUUUACUUUUUAAAACUUUCUUGAAAUUUUUUUACACUUUUAAAAUUUGUAUAAACUUUUUUUUUUUUUUUACUGUUGACCCCUAACUAGCAGUUAACAGCACUAACAGUAAAUUCCUCAAUUUCCCAUAACCCCCACCUACCCCAGCUAGCAAAAUAUAUAAUUUUAAAAUAUUUAAAUUAAGUAAUGAAAUAAAUUGAACCCCUGAGGGUUAAAAAAAAAAAAGGUUAACCCUCAGGGGUUUUCGGGUGCUUCCCGUCUGCCUCGAAUACCGAGGCAGACCAAAGGAGCGUUAACACCGCGAUCGUGGCGAUCUGGGGUUAAUUUUAGCACAUGACAGACCGGGUCCGUCAUCCGGCGUUAAGUGGUUAAGAAACGUUUGUUAAUGGGACUGAAAUGGUGAAUGUAUGCUGUUGCACAGCUGUAAAAAACAAAUGACGUUAUCUUGUUGAUUUUGAAGUCCUAUGAGUGUGUUCUUCACUUAGGAAAGCAUUGGGAGGCUAUUGUGCAUGUGUUGCAAAAUGCUGCGCGGCCAAUCAGCAUCUCCAUGGGGAGCGUUCAGCGCCUCCAUGCAGACCCAGUCUAAUACACUGCCCCCUCCCCCAUUCUGAUACACUGCCCACAGAUCCAAUACAUUUCGUCAAACCCAAUCUAAUACACUGCCCCCUCCACCCAAUCUAAUACACUGCCCCUUAAUCUAAUAAACUGCCUCUCCGCCCUCCCUCCAAUUUAACACACUCCCACCACUCUAAUUUAACCCCUUAACGACCUAGGACGGUUCAGGACCGCCAUCAGCAUUUUUGCAUUGCCGACCGCUGACGGUCCUGAGCCGUCCUAACGGUCUUAUGUACUUACCCGAUCGGCGGUGCUCCCGGUGUGGGGAGACUGCCUGCAGCCCAGACAGUCUCCCUGCGGCGGAUUAGGACCCCUGGGGCCAUGUGAUCGAUUCAAUUUCGUUUUUUACUUUUUUCACACACAAACAAAUAUGAACGCUAACUUUGGCCAGUGUUUGCGACUAGGUGGCUACUAAAAAAUGACUGGACAUACCCUGGGUUGUCUACUUUAAAAGAAAUAUGUACAUGUGGGGUGUUAUUCAGAGAUCUAGACAUAUAAUAGUGUUACAAUGUCAAUAUUGAUAAAUUUGAAAAAAAUUAUGUUUUGAAACUGCAAUAUCCUACUUGUACCUGUAGCCCUAUAACUUGCAAAAAAAAAAGCAUGUAAACACUGGGUAUUUUAAAACUCAGGACAAAAUUUUGAAUCUAUUUAGCAGUUUUUUUUUAUUCGCUUUUGUAGAUGAGUAAAAUAUUUUUCAAGUAAAAGUAAAAAAACAUGUAUUUUUUUUUUAAUUUUUCAUCAUUUUUUUUUUUAAAUUAAAUUACAUGAGAUUACAUAAAUAAUGGUAUGUAAAGAAAGCCUUUUUCGUCCUGAAAAAAACAAUAUAUAAUUUGUAUAGGAACAGUAAAUGAGAGCGCGGAAAAUUACAGCUAAACAUAAACACCACAAAAAUGUAAAAAGAGGCCUGAUCGCAAAUGUACAACAUCGCAAAAACAGUCCAGUCCUUAAGGGGUUAAUACACUGCCCUUCCCCCAAUUUGAUGCACUGACCCUCCAAUUUAAUACAUUACCCUCCAUGCAAUUGAACACACUGCUCCCCCUCCCACCAUUCUAAUACACUGCACCAUCCCCCAAUUUAAUACUGUCCCCUCCCUCCCCAAUUUAACACACUGCCUCCCUCCCCCUCCAAAUUCAUAUACUGCCCCCACCUCCCACCACUCAUAAUACGCCGUACUCCCCCCCUAAUUUAAUACACUGGUUCCUUCGUCCCCCAAAUUAAUACACUGCCUCUUCCCUCCCUCAAAUUAAUACACUGCCUCCCCCCCCCCAAUUUAAAACACUACACUUUAAGUGCAGGAUGUUUAUAAAAAGAUAGCGAAAGCUGGUGUCAGGCGCAAGGACACAAGAACAGAAGAAUAUUGUAUAUUUUAAAAAAAUGCAAGUUUAACCCUUUCAAAGAUUGAGUAUAUUGUUAUAAUCAGGCUUACUGACCAUUUGGUCUUUCAAGCUAUGUAUAUACAGUAUUACUUUAGCUACGUAAUAAGAAAUAUAGAAGUAGAAAUCAGGACAUGAGACCGACACCCUGUAACAUAAAAAAAUAUAUCACUGUAUGUCUAGGGGAAUAUUCACUAAGCAUUGCAUAGGUAAAACAAUUUGUUUCCAUUAGUGGGGAAGUCUUCUCUGCUCUCCCUUAUCAGUCAAUUACUCGCAACAGCUAGGAGAUAAACCUUUUUUUAUUUGUUUGAAUAAAAAUAGUUUUUUCUCCCAAUCUGUACAUUUAAUAGAAUUGUAUGCCUAAUCUAAUGAGCAUACGUUGUUUGGGGCAUGACAGAUGCCCUUUAACCCCUUCCCGACCGAGGACGGUUCAGGACCGUCAUCGGGAUUUUCCCAUUGCGGACCGAUGACGGUCCUGAACCGUCCUAACGGUUUCCGUUACUUACCUGAUCGCCGUCGUUCCCCCGGCGGCGAUCAGCGUUGCUCCCGGUGUGGGGAGACUGCCUGCAGCCCAGACAGUCUCCCCACACUGAUUUAGGACCCCUGGGGCCAUGUGAUCGCUUAACACAGCGAUCACAUGGUCACAAUAGGUGUCCAUAGUGCUGCCUGCAGGGGGACUGUCUGUGCUGACAGGCAGUCUCCCUGCUAGUGUAAAAUCAAAAAAAAAAAUAAAGUUAAUGUUAAUAAAAAAAAUUAUAAUAAUUAUAUAUGUGUAUAUAUGAUAUAUAGACAUAUAUUAUAUCUAUAUAAUAUAUGUCUAUAUAUCAUAUAUAUAAUGCCAUACUAAGUGUAUUUUUAUAUUAAUAUGUACUUAUAUUAGUAUAAAAAUACACUUAUAAUUAAAUUACACACGUAUAUAUAUAAUAUAUAUAAUAACUAUAUAGAUUGUAUAUAUAUAUUAUUAUAAAAUAUAAAUAAUAAGUAAUUUAAAUUAAAUAAAUUUUUUUUAAAAUAAUAAUAAAAAAUUUUAAAAAAAUUAUAUAGCUAUAUGAAAUUUUAUUCUAACUGUAUUUUAAAAUUAAUAUAUAUAUAUUUAUAUCAAAAUACACUUAGAAUGAAUUUUUAUAUAUAUCUAUAUAUAUAAAAAUAAAUAAAAAUAAUACGAAAUAUACAUAUGUCCAUAUACAAAAUUACAUAAAUAAUUAUAUAAAUAUACACGUAGACUUCAAAUAUAUAAAUAUGCAUAUAUAUUUAAAUUCUACGUGCGUAUUUAUGUAAUAUUUUUACAUAAUUCAGUAAUUUUAUUGAUUGCAAUUUGAGGGACCUGCCUGCCAACCCAGGCCGAAAUUCCAGAGAAUUUUAUUUGCUAGCACUGUAUUUUACCCUGUAACGUUCUACGACACCCUAAAACCUGUACAUGGGGGGUACUGUUUUACUCGGGAGACUUCGCUGAACACAAAUAUUAGUGAUUCAAAACAGUAAAACAUAUCACAGCGAUGAUAUUGUCAGUGAAAGUUACUUUUUUUGCAUUUUUCACACACAAACAGCACUUUUACUGAUGAUAUAAUUGUUGUGAUACGUUUUCCAGUUUUUAAACACUAAUAUUUGUGUUCAGCGAUGUCUCCCGAGUAAAACAGUACCCCCCAUGUACAGGUUUUAUAGCAUUUUUGAAAGUUACAAGGUCAAAUAUAUGGGUCAAAUAUUUUUACAUUGAAAAUGGCCAGGUUGGUUACGUUGCCUUUGAGAGCGUAUGGUAGCCCAGGAAUGAGAAUUACCCCCAUGAUGGCAUACCAUUUGCAAAAGAAGACAACCCAAGGUAUUGCAAAUGGGGUAUGUCCAGUCUUUUUUAGUAGCCACUUGGUCACAAACACUGGCCAAAAUUAGCGUUCAAUUUAGUUUUUUUACUUUUUUCACACACAAACAAAUAUGAAUGCUUACUUUGGCCAGUGUUUUCGACUAAGUGGCUACUAAAAAAGACUGGACAUACCCCAUAUUGAAUACCCUGGGUUGUCUACUUUAAAAAAAAUAUGUACAUGUGGGGUGUUAUUCAGAGAUUUAUGACAGAUAAUAGUGUUACAAUGUCACUAUUGAUAAAUUUUAAAAAUGCAUGUUUUGAAACCGCAAUAUCCUACUUGUACCUAUAGCCCUAUAACAUGCAAAAAAGCAAAAAAGCGUAAACACUGGGUAUUUUUAAACUCAGGACAAAAUUUUGAAUCUAUUUAGCAGUUUUUUUCAUUCGCUUUUGUAGAUGAGUAAAAGAUUUUUCAAGUAAAAGUCAAAAAACAUGUAUUUUUUCAAUUUUUCAUCAUAUUUUUUUAUUUUUUUUAAAUUAAAAUACAUGAGAUUAUAUAAAUAAUGGUAUGUAAAGAAAGCCCCUUUUGUCCUGAAAAAACAAUAUAUAAUUUGUAUGGGAACAGUAAAUGAGAGAGCGGAAAAUUACAGCCAAACACAAACACCAGAAAAGUGUAAAAAUAUUCCUGGUCGCAAAUGUACAACAUCGCAAAAACAGUCCAGUCCUUAAGGGGUUAAGUGUCUAAACUUUAGUAAACAGUCUGAUUUACCCUGGGACAGCAGCACCAGAAACCCUUUGUCACUGCAACCACUGCAGGUUUCUGUAGUGGUUAGUUAUGUUGCUUAAACUCUCUCUGGAGUUGUUAAUUAAUUUUGCGGUGCAUUCAAAAGAUCCCAACCACUACAGAUGUUUUCACUGGUUUUGGUGCAAAUAGUUUCUAGUUAUAUCAGUUUUUUUCAGGCUGUACAUGAGCACCUAAAGCCUGUCCCUUCUGCUGCAGCUUGGUGACAACAAAGGGGUAGUGGUUCCCUUUGACUGUAGAACAGACUGAAUUCUGAGUGAUAUCUGAUGACUGAAGGCCUUUGCAGUAAACUGAACUAAUUCAGGGUUACUCACUGCUGUAAAUUGUCGUGAAUUCUGAGAAAAUGUGUUAGGAGAAAAUAAUACCUUCAUGACAUUCCUAAUCAGAAUAAGCCGCUAGACCAAGAUGACAUUUCCCCAAAGUAUUUGCUUCAGCAUUAUGUACUCUUUAUGUUAGAUUACUUUUUUUUUUUUUUUUUACAUUAUGGCUAGGGCUUAAAUUGUAGCGCAGCACUGUAUUCCCUAGUGUGUCUGAAACUGGUGGAAAUUUCAUUGGUUGUCUCUGUAUAACUAACCCUUCUCCCAAUGUAUCAGCAAUGAGAGAUAUAAAUUUAAUGGUGGCAGCUGCUGUGACACCAACUCCCACUUAUAUUACACAGGCCAUGACGUGUGUCCCAGUACUGCCUUGAAAUUAAGGAUCCUGCAAUGCACAACGUCAACCUUACCAUGCAAUACAGUUGUUACUAUAAACGCUUUAUAUUUUUAACAAUGCAUUGCGAUUGGUGCUGGCAAUUGACAAAAGCUGAGUGGUUUUACAAAUGUCUCCAGAACCCAGCAUUUGUGCAUUAUCAUGACAGCAGCACAACAGUUUUGUUAUGAGAAAAGGCUAUGGAAAGCAAAUAAAAACAGUACAUAUUACAUAGUUACAUAGCUGGAAAGAGACUUGCGUCCAUCAAGUUCAGGUUAUUUUUAUUUAUUAUUAUUUUGUUAUUGUGUUAGAGCAGGGAUUUAUAAAGGAGAGGGCUAGGCACUUUAAAAAGUAAAUGCCUUUAGGUUUGCAGGUGCCGUCCCCCAUUUUUUGAUAUGGCCCUUUUCUAGUGGUUUGACAAAAACUCCACAGCCCAUCUUUCUGUUUCUCAACCUUCUAAGAAAGUACCCCCUGCCAUAAGGAAGUAAUUUCAAAUGAUUUUAAAUUUCAAAUGAAACAUAAAGCCACUGAUAUUUAAGUUAAUCCCGUACUAGAGAAAAGGCCUGAUUAAAGGUACUUAAAAAUAGUUUUUAAAAUAAUGACACUAUGUGAAUAUUGAUCUGAAGGGAGGGGGUUAGAAAACUCUGCUCUACUGUAUUAGCAAGUACAGUUUUAUUUAUAAGAAAUUAAGAUUUGCCAGGUUACAUCAUAGACUUAUGCACAAUUCAUUUUCACCUUUGACAAACCAAUCAAAUUCCUGUUAUUCUACGUCUGAACGCAUUGAUCCUUCUGGGAUAUGCGUGUCAGAUUGUUUAGUUUAGACGUAGAAUACCAGGAAUUUGAUUCGUUCAUCGCUGGUGACAUGGUUUUCUGCAGAAAUCUACUCUAAUGCAUUACAGAUUCUAAUUAAAAAGUUACAGCUGGCAACAUGACGUAAACGUUAGAUUUAAAAAAAAUUUUUUUUUUUAUUGUUUAAUGUCUACUAUUCUGUAGGGUAAUGAGGAUCAGUGCAAUUUAGGUUCUGCAUUAUAAAGAUAAUGGAAGAAAUGAUGUCGUUUCCUGAGAUACACAAAAGAAUAUUAUGUUACAAUGGAGAGAUCCUUACAUUUGAAAUAUCACAAACCCUUAGAGCUUCACAGACUACAAAGACCUCUGCUUUACUCUUCUCAAGGAAGACAUUUGACCCUGUAUCUGGAACGUUUAUUGAAAACUUUACUGGACAGCACCGCUUUCCUGCUAGUACUUCUGCCAUUGAAUUUGUAUGUUGUGAGUGUGCUACAGACGUUAGAACUAGCAUAUCCAUUCCUUGUGUUCUGCUGAAAUUAAAAAGACAAAAACAGAAGAGAAGCUCAUCUAAAUUCACAUUGCUUAUGCUGCACAGCAAUAAUGACAUGGAGAGUUGUUUGAACUUUAGGCUUGACAUUGGAAGUGUAGACGAUGCAAGACUGUGUGAUGGGCCGACCGUGCUACUGAGGCAUAAUGAAACUCUUCAUUAUAUAUCUACAUUAACUGCAGAACCUGUAAUUGUUCCUGUAAAUUUUAUAGCUUUGCAUUGGGUGGGUACGAUUGAACCAGGAGAACUAGUGAUCUUUGGCGUUAAAAACAUAGACUUGGAAAAUGCACCUAGCCCAUCUAUUGCAGGUGGAACACUAAAGGAUACAAGCUAUGUUUUGUAUUCAAUUGAAAAUCAGAAAAGUAUACCUGGUACCUGCUUUCUACCAGAUGCAUAUAGUAGUGUUAUAUGUUGUCUACAAGUGUGCACAUUGCAAGGCUCGGAUGGAAAAUUUGAGACAUCAGUUAUAGCAGCAAGUGGUAAACAACUGAUCUUGUUCAGUAAUGGUGUCCCAGAAGAGGUCUGCCAGCUUCCAUUCGAAAAUCCUUUCAAGCUUCAGGUAGCAUCAACAAGCCGUGGAGAUUUAUUGUUCAUUGUUUCAUUCAGUUCUGGUGAUGCCUGUGCAAUAUGGAAGGACAGCUUGAAGGUAUUUGCUUGUAAAAUAUGUGUUUUUAUUGUUUUCAGAGUUUAGCAGGAUUAACUACUGUUCCCUUUCUGUUCUAAUUGUAGUUAUAUUGUCUAUGGCUCACAUGUUACAUUUUUAUGAACCUAUUUAGUCUCAUGCUAAAUAAACACAGAUUUAUGUAUUUUUUCACUGCUUUUUGUCCCCCCUCUUUUGGUAACUUUUCACUUGAAUGCUUAGGAAAACCAAUGCUUAGUGGCUGUCCCUUAGUCAUCAAUCACCUGUUUUACCAAUCAAUCAUUUCUAUUUAUCCGAAUUACAUAUCAAAACGAACAUACUCGGCCAUUAAAAACCCCUUAAGGACACAUGACGGAAAUAUUCCGUAAUGAUUCCCUUUUAUUUCAGAAGUUGUGUCCUUAAGGGGUUAAGCGUUUCGGCUGGUUCUUGACUCGGCCGCUUUUCGGCUCGUAGUUCGGGGAUUCGUACGAUCACCUAAUUGCCCCAAAUUCAGACAAAUUGCAGUUUGUAUCAAAACAAAUCUCCACAUCUAUUAAUUACUAAAUUGACAGUUCAAAGUGAAUUUAAAAUGUAAAUACAAAAUAGCUGAAUUGGAACAAUUCUCUAAGUCAGUUAUACUUCAGGUUUGGCUACUUUGGCCAAAAAUGUGAAAUUCACUUUGAUUCUCACUUUAGUGAAUAACCCUGUUUGUGUCGUAUAAUACAGAUCUCUUGAGGUCAAUAACAAAUCCAAAGGAUUCCUGUAUAUGUUUCUCUGGCGUAAAAGGGCAGAUUAAUAGUUGAAGGAACACUAUAGUGUCCGGAAUACAAACAUUUGUUCCUGACACUAUAAUGCUGAAGUGGCUGUUUAGGCUACUAGCCCCCUCUCUGUGCAGUAAAUAGGUGAUUUUACUCUUUUAUCCCAUGCCACGUCAGCCUCGGGUGGCUGACCCCACCUCCAUUGAUGAGAUCAAUCUUGAUUAUCUCAUCCAAACCAAUGUCUUCCCAUAGGAAAGCAUUGGGUGGGGCUAUUGCGCAUAUGUGGCAAAACACCACGCUGGGCCAAUCAGCAUCUCCACAUAGAGAUACAUUGAAUCAAAGCACCUCUACGUGGAAUGUUCAGCGUCUCCAUGCAGAGUGCUGAAAUGCUGAAUGCUUCCUGGACUAGGAAGCACCUCUGCUGGCCGUCUGAGUGUCUGCCACUUGACGUGUUACUAGGCAGAAAUGUAAACACCGUAAACCAGCAACCUUUUUGGGCUUUGGAAGUCUUAGUAUUGUAACAUUCAGUAUACAAUAGGAGAACCAAGUGAGUCUCUCAUUGUAGUCAGUAAGACUGUACCUGCAGCUUAGACAAUUAGUUUAACAUUAAGGUAGUUAAUAGCCUUUACUUGCUUUACCCAUGGAAGUGCUCCCAUAAUCUGUCAUACAUUUGUAGCAUAAAAGUUUGUAUUAUUCACUGUAAAUUUUAAUUUUCCACCACAUUCAUCAUACAAAAUACAGUCAUGAGUUUGUUUUUGUUGAAAAAAAAAAGUGCCUUAAAUGUAAUAAGGAAUUUCAAUUAUACAACUUGGAGCCAAAUUUUUUACCUUUCUUAGAUCAAAUAGUUCUUUUUGUUUAAUUUGUUUUGCAUAUGCCAAUGUUAUUCAUGCAUAAUGUAUGUAAUAGACUAAUAUGGUUUUAUAUUUGCUGUGUCAAAGGUAGCUGUGACUUGGCAGCAAGUAAGGGAUAUUCUCGUGGAUGAUUUCCUAGGAGCCGGGUUUGAUCAAAUACUUUUGAUAUUUAAGGAUGAUCCAACUAAAUCACCUGGUCCGGAAGACUUUAAAAUAACAGAUUGCUGUGAAAUAAACUAUCCAGUAUGUAUGAAACAAUGUCACCUGGGCAGUCUCUGAAUGGCUUCUUUGCAUGGAUUGUAACUGUCUCAUCUAAAAGUGUUUGUCUGAGCACCUUCACAACUUUGUAUAGUUAUUCUAGUGCUGUUAGUUGUACACUGUCCCCUGGAUAAUGGAUGACAUUGCUUGAGUGAAAAUUCCAGCUGAUUUGCUCAUCCAAUCAAUGUUAUACUCGUGGGUUGAAAUUCAUAUUGUUAAUGUAAUACUUACAUGCUCUUCCUUGCUAUAUCCAGCAAACAAAGGCUUGGCUGCUGGAGCCUUGGGGACCCUCUGCUUAAAAUGGCUUCACCAAGAACCAGGGGAUGGCACCAAUGAACUAGUAGCAUCAUAGCCACUACAUGAGUAUGUAAUAGUUAUGGUGCCUAGACUGCCCCUUUAACUUCAUGUGCUUCAUGCUUUCAACAAAUUUAAUUCUUAAAACAUUUUUUCUUUUACUUUACAGCACAGCUAACAAUAUUUAACAAUCAGUCUUUAUCAAAGUAUAAUUACACAUGAAUUCACAACAUACGUAUAACAUGUAACAACCAUGAUCAACCCACAUCACAUAAAGAACCCAUCAGUUAGAAACGUGGCACCUGCAGCAUUUACAGCAUCCACAGCUUGCCUGUAUCUUCCACACCCAUAAUGUAUUUGUCAAAGCACCCAUCUCUUAUAGACAUACAAUUUCAAAAUGCAGCACGUAGACCAAAGUAUGUUGACUCUAAAGUGCUAAAUAUUGAGUCUCCUCUUUAUCCUAGCUCAGAUGAUUUGCAUGUUAAUAUAUAUAUAUAUAUAUAUAUAUAUAUAUAUAUAUAUAUAUAUAUAUAUAUAUAUAUACACUAAAUGGCACAUUGAAUUUGAUUAUUUUUAAUGGGGGAAAAAAACAGAAAAUGAGAGCAGCACCUGUUGAAAAUUGUGUACUUGCUAAACAUGCUUUUCUUUGUAAAUCUAUGGCCAAUUACUCUCGAUAUUUUUUAGUUUUGCUUUUGACUUAAUGUGUUUACUUGUUUGUCAAUGUACUUAUCUGAGGAAAUGCGCAACAGCCACAACUCCAUGCUUAUUGUAAUGAUUAUAGUACUAGGAAGCUGUCCUUGAUAUUCUCUUUUUAAAUCGACUUAAUUUCUUUUCUUCUCAUAUGCAGCGCUCUGACUCCUCACUCCUUUUCCUGGUGUCGUACACUCAUACAACAUGUUCCUUGCCUGGCUCAGAGCACAGUGCUUACUCAACAGUUCAAGCAAUUGAAGGAGACCGAUUUGCACGGCAUCGAAAAGCUGAAGGUGUUCUCACAGUACAAGUGCUUGGACAUCUGAAGUGGAUAUGAUAUCACCGGGAAGGAGAAGAGGAGUCUAGGUGCUGCAGGUGGAAAAGAAUAAGAAAAACAUUGAAGCUUUUAUGUUAAGUUUUUAGGGACUGCUCAUAUCACAAUAAGCCAUAUUGGUUGUGGUGCUUGGAAUUUAUCUCUUUAAGAUUUUUCCUUUUGUAUGUUAUGUACUUUAAGUUUGUUUUGUUUGGGGGCUUUCUUUGCAAUUAGGCUGACACAGAUACCAGUAAAAAAGAUGAAUCAGCUGAAGAUGGGUGUCAGGAGAACCAGUUUCUUACUGUUCAGGCAUUGGAGGCAAGGUUACAGGUAAGAUUUGUAUUUAUUAGAUUUGAAACUGGAAGCGUACCAUGGCAUGUUGUGCGUGUAAAAUAUGUAAAUGAUUCACACACAAAAAAUAUAUAUAUAUAUAUUUAUUAGAAAAUGGCAGUAACUAAUAACAUUCAUAGGUAACAUUUUAAUAUUCCAGAAUAAAUCUUUGGUUCAUAACGCAGAUAUUUGUGCUCCGAAAUACACCUGUAUGGCACAAAACAGGAAUCCGUAUGGAUCUGAAAUUACUCCAUUUACACUGAUCAGCCACAACAUUAAAAUCACUGAGAUGUGAAGUAAAUAACAUGGUUAUAACAUGGUUAUAUCGUUACAAUGACACCUGUCAAUGGCUGGAAUAUAUUAGGCAGCAAGUGAAUAGUGUGUUCUUGAAUUUCAUAUGUUGCUAACAGAAAUAAAUGGGCAAGUGAAAAGAUCUGAGUGACUUUGACAAAAACCAAAUAGUGAUGGCUAUACCACUGGGUCAGAGCAUCUCUUAAAUGGAAAGUCUUGUGGGUGUUCCUGUUAUGCAGUGGUUAAUACCUACCAAAAGUGGUGCAAGAAAGGACAACCAAUGAACUGGCGUCAGGGUCAUUGGUGCCCAAGGCUCAUUGAUGCCCAUGGUAAACAAAGGCUAGCCCGUCUGGUCCCAUCACACAGAAGAGCCACUGUAGCUCAAAUUGCUGAAAAACUUAAUGAUGGAAUCAGAGUGCCCAUGAUGACCUCUGCUCCUUCUUUUGCUCUGUAACCAACAUUUUGUAAUGUACACCAUUUUUUCUGCUGUAUCAAUCUUUGCAUCACUUUGUGUCACCUGACAGGUGUUUAGUUUCACUUUUCUAUUUUCCGCCAUUUAAAAUUUGGUACCCCUUCCUGAAAAGGAGAAAGCCGAUACAUUUUACACCCUUUUUAGAAAGAAAAAAAAUAAAUAACAGAUUAGAGACUAAACAUAAGCAACCUGUUUCUAAACGUUUUGAUAGGUCUCUUAAAUGAUUCUGUUUUACUGUUUUAUUGUAAUGUGUGCCUUGCCUGUGCAAUGACUGAACUAGAUUUUGAUGUCAUUUGCAAGAUCUUUAAUAUACAUUUAAAAAGAAAACAAAACAUAAAAGGUUAGAACACGUUACAGGGGAUUUUGAAUGUUAUUGAUUGUUUAGUUGAGUGUAUAGUUAGUUCAGUUUUUUUCGUACUCGUUUUGAUAAUGGUUUACUGACCUGGCGUUCUCCUUGAUUGGACAUCCUGCAAUGUGUGACUCACAUCCCUUUCUUGUCUGCAAUUGUGCUAAUUUAAUUAUGGGGAGUUUGUAUAGAUAACAUUUUCUUCACAUAAAUUUGUCAGUGCUUUUGUCUGCUAUGUACUAUGUAUCAAAAGUACAAAACAUUUCUCAUUUUACAAAAUACAGCAAGAUAAAUCAUUACUCUUUAUUAGCGUUAUUAUACAAGUACAAUAGCAGAAGGUAAUCUGUAUUUUUUUUUUUUUUUUGGGAAAUAUUGGGACACAAUUAAGGCUUGUCCUUAAAACUCCCAAACAUUUGGCAGGAAUAUAAACAUUCCUGAUGACUAACCUUUGGUAAUCGUGGUAUAUUGCUCAUGAUAGCACUCUAGCCAGAAAAAGAGCUGAUUGCUUUAUACGAGAUGUACUUCUCAGCAACUGGUGUGCCAACGGAUUUGAAUCAAUGCUUUCUGGUGAGCACAGCAAUCAUGUGACCUGUUAACUUUUUUUUUUUUGUUUGACAGCUGUAUCUUGCAUUUUGCUUACAGGCUGGCUUGCUCUUUCUUCAAGAAUUGCAGCAUGAUAUACAAGUAAAAGAUAGAGUCAUCAAGACAUCAUGUGAGUCUCUUACAAACAUGACUCAAGGCAAAGAUGUCAUUGUGCAAUCUGCAGAAAAGGUAAUAUAAACAGUGAUGUUUACUUUAGGGAACAGAGAAUAAGAAAACCAUCCGGGGGGGUAGGGGCUGAUAUUUUUUUGUUUGCUCCAAAAAAAACCCACAGAUAAUAUUUAGUCAGGAAUAAGUGUUGCCACUAUUGUGAUGAUCAAUCCAAAAUAAUCCUGCCUUCUUGUUGGUAAUUACUUAUUGUCCAGGUUUUCUUUAAAUACUUGAUCGAGUUUACUGAUAUUCCCAAUGAAAACGGAAUUGGGUUAUCUUUGGGUUUUCAUAAUAUUUGAUUAAUGGUUUUAAAAGUACUACCUAAGAUUCUUACUUGGGAUUUUUUUAAAAUUAUUAUUAUAUGCAUGAUUUAUUUAUGACCGCACAUCUUCUGGUCUGUGCAAUGGACAGGCAGAGUAUAAAAGUAAUAAAAUGAAAAAGAGAGCGCACAAAAAAAGAUAUAGAAUUGUACUUAUGAGAAAUGGUACAGAGUACCUAUAGAUAAUAGCUGCUAAACAAAAAAGAAUUUCCCAAAUUCAAUGUGUAAAUUUUUUUGAAUUAUGUUGUCAGUGCUUAGUGAAUAAUCCCCUUAGAUAUAAUCAGGGGUGAAUAUACUUGCAAAUGUAUCUAUGAUAAUUGAAAACAGCAAUAACAUACAGUAUAGAAUAUAAAAGUAUCAAUACUGCUUAUUGUGACAAUAAGAAUAUAACAAAAAUCUAAAUUGUAUCUCAGUCCAGUAUAUGUAAUUUAUAGCAGGGUCCAAAAUGAAAGGAAGUCCACAGUAUUGUUAGGGAACACAAUCUUUAGCUUGAAAUCCCUUAAAAAAGACAGAAAAUAGAUAUAGUGUAAUACUGUAUUUAAUGUCUUAAAACAAAAAGGGAAUCCCCCUCCCCAACAUAGGAACCCUUACAGGAAAAAAAUGUGGUGUUUAUUUCUAAGGACCACACUAAAAGCUUAUCUGGCUGCAGUCUUUUCUCUCCUCUGCUCCAAGAGUGCCGUCCGGUUUGUAGCUGAGAGCAGCGUUCGCCUCGUGCACUGAGGCAGGCUGUGAGUUCGGUGAAAUCCUCCUCUCCGCGAUUGUGACUCCUGUUGGCAUAGAAAACCAGAGAGCAGAGGGUCUGGUAGUUCUCAUUAGAUGCCUGUACAGCUUCUUGUAUUCUUGAUUUUAAACCGUCCCGCUGGUCCUCGGAGAAGUAAACGGCCACUUCCUCAAACUCAAAUUGUUCCUGUCUGGAGACACACACUCCGUUCAGUGAGCACUCACACUCCGUUCAGUGAGAAUACACCGUGCUCUCUGGUUUUCUAUGCCAACCGGAGUCACAAUCGCGGAGAGGAGGAUUUCACCGAACUCACAGCCUGCCUCAGUGCACGAGGCGAACGCUGCUCUCAGCUACAAACCGGACGGCACUCUUGGAGCAGAGGAGAGAAAAGACUGCAGCCAGAUAAGCUUUUAGUGUGGUCCUUAGAAAUAACCACCACAUUUUUUUCCUGUAACAAUACUGUGGACUUCCUUUCAUUUUGGACCCUGCUAUAAAUUACAUAUACUGGACUGAGAUACAAUUUAGAUUUUUGUUAUAUUCUUAUUGUCACAAUCAGCAGUAUUGAUACUUUUAUAUUCUAUACUGUAUGUUAUUGCUGUUUUCAAUUAUCAUAGAUACAUUUGCAAGUAUAUUCACCCCUGAUUAUAUCUAAGGGGAUUAUUCACUAAGCGCUGACAACAUAAUUUAAAAAAAAAAAAAAAGAGUAUAAAAGUAGCUGAUGGCUUUAUAAGUUUUUUAAACAAACCUAAAUUUAGCUUAUAAUCCAAGCAUGACAAAUAAUGUAACUGCAUGCCAAAUAAUAUGAUGUUGAUGGUAGCUGGAAGCAUCAUGUAAAGAUGAUUAUGGCUAUUUGAUUUAGCUAUUAGGUCUGUUUAUGUGUUUUUAUAUAGCAUGUUAAAGAAAAUACACAUUUUUAUGUAAGUAGAAAUUAUUUUCUAUUUUGUUUGUUUCAGUCUUUGUACCGUGAUUCAGAUGAUAAAAGUUCAGAAAGUCCCUUGCAAAGCAGAAUUGGUUGUUCACCAGUGAAUACGACAAUGUUUUAAUUAACAGUAGAAAUAAAUUAAAUCUAAACUUAAUCCCUUCACCGACUAUCCAGAAUAGUGCUCAUCAAAGCUAUACCUUCUCAGUGUAAAGCUCUGUUGUGAUCUUGGCCUGCUUCUAGCACAGAAUUGGUUCAUACGGUUAUGUCGUAACUGCUUCAGAUUUUUUGUUUAAAAAAGGCAUGCUAAAACUCACAAUGUGUAAAAAUGUCCUUAGUAAUUAGGCUGCCUGGAGUCCCAGCGUCCUAUUGUUAGUCAAACUCACGCGGUUUGUCUCUUUUUCAGAGAUAUAGCAAAAGCAGAAGUACCCUGAAGUUCUGCAUUAAAUACAGCUGCCUUGCUGCCACCACUUAAAUGAGGGUAGAUAAGACAGCUGCAGCUGAUGAUGGUUAGAGCCCCCAGACUGCAUGGAGUAAUCCAAUGUAACCUGUUCAUUACAGGGAAUAAUUACACAUAUUAUGUCACUGUCUGUGCAGUACAGUAUUUGAAAAUACGAUCUGUUUGUUGAUAUACAUGACAAAAACAGGUUUUAAGACUUAAAACAGUAUCUUGUUUACUAUGCCUAAUACUUGCAGUUAUGGCUGUUUAUGUGAUGUUAUCAUUUGAAGUAUUAAUCAUACAUGUAUCGUAAUUAGCAAUUGUAACAUGUAGCUUUGGGGUUCCUGGUUUAAAGACUAGCGGCAAUGUUACAAAGUUUUAAAUGAGCCAUAUGUAUUAGCCUGAUUUCUUUCAGGUAACAUAUAACAGAUAUAUACUAGUUUACAGGUUAUCCAUUUUUCUGUAUUUUUUUUUCUCCUUUGUUCUUUUUCAGGAGGGUCUGACUUCUCUUUGGGAUGACUCUGACAACUGCCCAGACUCUCCAUCUUCCGAUCCAUGCACCUCGCUAGCGAUUCCCGACUGUUUUGUUGAGAAAGUCUGGUACCGUGUGAUUGACGACCUCUUGGUUGUUGGUGUGAAGCUGAGUAAUUCUGUAUAUUCGUGAGUAAGCAAUAUACAAAUAAUAAUCUUUAAAUUUACACAGAUAUUACUUAAAAUAAAAUGUGUCUUGCAUGACUUCAUGACAAAUACCUGGGCAGCUUUACUUUAUAUUCUGUAUUAGGAAAUUGGCUUCAAUAGUUAGAUAUGAUAAUAUUGUAGUACAAUUUGGCUAUUUGUUUAUUGACCAAAGCAUCACAAUUCUGCCAGGUACAUUCACUGUCUAGUUUAAUAAUAAUUAGUGCUAGAAGUGCUGAAGGAGACUAAUGCUUAGAAGAAAUAAUCUGUAUAGGGUGCUAAAUGGUAUAAUGCUUAUACCCAAUUAGGGGUACAUAUGCUGACCAUUGCUAUCACACAAACAUUUUUAUUAGUACAAACUUGCUGAAGAUGUACUUAUACAGUGAAUCACAUAAAUAUUAAAACUUCAAUACAGUGUUUCUCAUAAAUAUCAUGCCACUUCAGAGUGUCUACAAUAUAUAAAUAUAUAGGCAAAUGAGAUAUAUAUACCCUCAUGUGUUACCUUUAGUAUAAUGGCAGAGAGUGGAGACCACACCUCCAACGCUUCAGCCUGAUGCUUUUCUCAUACAUGCCAAUUUGUUUAGUAUUAGUGGGAGUUACUCCCGUGCAGCAGUUGCUGCCUUCUUAAAUCUGCUUUUCUGCAGAAGAAAAUGUGAUGAAGAAUGAAGUAUGCAUGCAUCUGUGUCUUUCAGUGUACAGUACAUUAUGCAUCUUACCCUUGGAAACAAAUGAUUAUGGUUUAUGGAAUUACUUUGCUGCUUUCGCAAAGCUUUAUGUAUGCCUUUUAGCUUGUAGUAAGUCUGUUAAUAUAAUUAGUGUAUCAAUUUCUUAGUUUGGAAUGUUCUUAAGUUGUGCAGUUAUAUGUAUCCAGGAAACUUAGUUUGUUUACGACCUUUUUGAUUAACAAUACAGUGAGUAACCUGCGUAUUGUUAUUGGAUAUACUGUUGGCAAUAGUGUUUCUCUCAUCUCUUUUAAGAAUUAAAAGUGAAGCUACUAAUAAUUUUAGGGGUGCAACGAAAUGAAAAUUCUGGGCCGAAACCUAAAAUUCAGGGUGCCCUUGGCCGAAAACCGAAACUGAAAAUGACUUUUUUUUUUUUUUUCCCAAAAUGAUUUUUAAAAAGUUUUUUUUUUUUCCAUAGAAUUUUUUUAAUGUUAGACUUUUUAAUGAAUUUAAUUAAUCUAAUAUGAAAAACUUCCCUUCUCUUUUAGUGGUCCCCCUGCUUAAUUUUCCUCUCUCCCCCCUCUAGUGUUCCUCUCCCCUCUGUCUUUUUUAGUGUUCUUUCCCCCCUCCUCUCCAGUUCCAUAGUGUUCUUUUCUCCCCUCCCCUGUCCCAGUGUUUUCCCCCCAUCCCAUAGUGUUCUUCCGCCCCCUCCUGUCCCAUAGUGUUCUUCCCCCACCUCUCCUGUCCCACAGUGUUCUCCCCCCUCUUUCCUGUCCAUGGUUCUUCCCCCCUCUCCUGUCCGUGGUGUUCUCCCCCUUCCCUGUCCGUGGUGUUCUCCCCCCUUCCUUGUCCGUGGUGUUCUCCCCUUCCUGUCCGUGGUGUUCUCCCCUUCCUGUCCCAUGGUGUUCUCCCCCUUCCCUGUCCGUGGUGGUUUCUCCCCCCCCCUUCCUGUCCCGGUAGUGUUUCUCCCCCUUUCCCUGUCCGUCAGUGUUCUCUCCCCCCCUUCCCUGUCCAUUUCAGUGUUCUCCCCUUUACCUGUCCGUGGUGUUCUCCCCCUUCCUGUCCCGUGGUGUUUCUCCCCCCCCUUCCCUGUCAGUGAGUGUUCUCCCCCUUCCCUUUUCCGUGGUGUACUCCCCCCUUCCCUUUCCGUGAGUGUUCUCCCCUUCUCUGUCAGUAGUGUUCUUCCCAUGUCCUAUGGUAUUUUCCCCCCCUCCCUGUCCUAUGGUAUUCUCCCCUGUCCUAUAGUAUUCUUUCAGCCCCUGCCCCAUAUUAUUUCCCCCUCCCCUGCCAAUUAUUGUUCUUUCCCCCCUAAACUGUCCCAUAUUGUUCGUUCCCCCCUAAACUGUCCCAUAGUGUUUUUUCCCCCUCUGUCCCAAAAAAAUUAUUUUAAAAAAAAUUAAAUAUAUAUAUAUUUUAUUAUUCUUUAUUUAUUUUAAAUUUUGUCAAAUUUGACCAGUUUUCGUCCGAAACGGGAUAGGCCCAUUUUCGGCCGAAAUUUCGGUGCACCCCUAAAUAAUAUUACUAUUGCUUUUAUCACUUGCUAAAAUAACUUCUAUAGUUAUCAUACUUUAUCUUUUCUUUAUUUGUUUUGCAUGAUAUAUUGUACUAAGCUCAUGCAAGUACAUGUAUAUCCUUACAUGGAGUCUGACAGAACAGAGUAAAUGCAUCAUCAAAAGCUAUCUUCUAACCUGGUGAUAGAACAGACUCUUAACUGGGGCCUGAGUGGCCUGGCUUGUUAAUCAAUAACCUUGUUAACAAUCUGCCAAUGUUUAGCUGGUUAUUUAAUCCUAGGGCUCCUUUGAGCACCGUGACCACUAUAGCUUAUUGUAAUGGUCAUAGGUGAUAUCCCUUGUUCUUUUUUUGUCCAACCAAUUUGCAGCAGUCUCACAAAACCUGAGCUAGCCCGCUUACUCUUUUUUUUUUUUUUUUGUAAAUAUGAUUUUUUUAUGUUUUGCAGAUUAAGGAAAUAGGUAACAGUGAUACUCGCAGGUAUCUAUUGGCAUAUGAAAUACAGUAACAAAUGCACAACAUGUGCGAAUAUCAAUCAUAGAAAAUGCGAACAUGUGUUUUAGAUAAGCGAAUCAUAUUAAACUCAGAUUGUGGAUGGACUCGCAGGUCCCUUGUCAUAUUAGUUACGGCUUGUACAACAUGAGUGAUAAUUGUUAUUAGGCAUUGUGAAGAUUGAUUUGAAAUAAUGUGGUCAAUUAGCUUUUGGGCUUGCAGGUCCCGGGUGUUGUUAUUUGGCUUUGACAAGUUUUAUUACAGUUGGGAUGCAGAAGAGAAGAGAAAGGGUCGGCGAGGGUUGGGUGAAAGUUGCGUGUAUAUUAGCUUGGUUUGCUUUUUGAACAUACAUAUAGGAUCACAUUUGUGUGUGUUAACUUUUUGCCUAAGAGUUAUACAUUGGGUACUCAUGCAGUUGUAGUUAGCAUGGUGGGUCGGUAGAGAGUUAUGGGGACUAUCUGUGGUGUCCACAGAGGGGAGUGGUGAGUGUACUUUGCUUCUGUCCUUCCUUCCCUCCCUUUUCUGUGAUCUAUGUAUGUGUAGAGUCCCGUUUGGUCCGUGUUCCUAUCCAUUCUCUUGUGUUAUAUUUGUUGUGUUACCCUCUUUGUCAUGUAUUAGGUUUGGUCGUGUCGUAUAGCCUUAAUGUAUCCGCGUUUUCUUGUGUGACUUCUUGCUUUCUAUUGGUUAUCUAAAGUGGUCUAUUGCGGGGGCUAGUCCCUCAUAGGGGUGUAGCUCUUUCUGGCUUCUCUGUUUUCCGCUUGGGCACGCGUAAUGAGUGUUUCUGGAACAGUCCGUGUCGCUUUUUCGUCUUGUGACCCUUUUGUCCCUAGUCCAUCUCUGUUCCUCUCGGCUUCUAUUGCCUCGGGUAUCUUUUUUUAUAGGGGGGUGAUGUGUGGGGUUCCCUUAGAGUGGAUGAGCGAGAAGGGAGAGGGGAGGGAAACGGAGGGGGGGGGUGUAUGGUUUAAGGUGGACACUGGGAUGCGCGGGGGCCCCCAGGUAUCGCGGGUCACGGUGUGAUUUUGCUAGGUUCUGGUUUGUGCUUGGUAUGUGUACCACGGUCUCCAGAGCUCGACAUGCUUAGUGCUAACCCGCUUACUCUUAACCACAUUGAUAAUGCAGAAGUAGAGUUCUCCAUUGUCGCAGGUUAUUUUUUGAGACCCAUUUGUAUAUGUUUGCAUUCGAUAAUGUGGAAGUAAAUAUUCAGUAUUAAUAUUUUUGACAGAGGAGAGGACGGCUAUGGGUGCAGGAGAGAGCUGCUGACCAUGGACUUAUGGCAAAAUAAUCACUACAAUGAACUUUAGUUGUUGUGGUGGUUUAAAUACUCUGCUUACCCUUCUUCAGUUCAUUGAAUAUGCCCCCUAAGCAGCAUGACACUUACUCAAGCCUUAUUUAAGUUCUUCCUUUUUUGUGUUUUAAUACAAAGCAUACAUUUCAACUCUUUAUAUUGUAUGCAACUGUAAAUGAUCUCUUCCUCUUGCCUAUGGGAAUAAUGAACACGUGAUUAUCUCUUAAAUUAUAUUAAAAUUGUUGUGCACGUACUUGUGUAUGACCAUGUAUAUAUAAAUCUGUCUCGAUUUCGUAUAUUUUAAGAGACCUAGACGCUUUUAUGCAUUUAUACCGUACUGAAAAUGUAGGCUUGUUUACAGCACAGUAAUGUUGUUUUUCUUUAGGUCACUGAGCAAUGUAGGCUUAUCACUUAUAAUGGAUCAAGAAAUAGCUUCAAUCUCCCCAGUUACAAAGUGUCAAACCAAUGUGCUAAAAUUGCCCAUCAACGCUUCUCAGGUUUUCGCCAACCAGAAAGAACCUUUGGCAAAAAAACAAAGACUCGACGACUUCAUUAAGGACAGUCUUCCAGGGGAUUUCUUAAGAAGACCAUGUUCUCCGUCCUAUCAAAAUGAUUUGGAGCGCACAGUAACUGCUGUCACCGAGCUGUCUCCACUGUUGCCACUUAAUAACACUAGUUGUGUGUUGCUUCUACAUGCCAGAAGGAAAAAUCAACCUGACUGUUUACUAAGAAGUGAGAAGCUGAUUGUACCAUGUGGUAAAAUCUCUCUAAGCCUGGAAGAUAUUUUAAAAGGGAACUAUACAGUAAAUUUAUUUGAACACUGUCAAGGUAAAUUCACAAGAUUCAGUAGGGUACAUCUCUAAAUUAUUCAAUGCAGAUGAAAUAAAAAAAGGAAUAGAGUUUAAAAGUUAAGGACUGCCAAACAAAACUUUCUUACAUAAACGUAUUCAUUGUACUAUGAUGUAAUUCCAUUCAUUAUUAGGGCACUGAAUCUUAGAUUUUGCACAAAACCUCUAUUUGAAUAAGGGAGAACAUUAUCAAAUAGAAUCAGAAAUCUGUCAUUUAAGAAAAAGCAGACCUAGUGCAAUAAUAAGCAAAAGUGUUCUCUGAAAUUAUGUCCCUGUUCCCAUUUCAUGCUGUGUCUGUGAUUUCCCUGUGCUGUACCUGGCUAUCCGUGUCAGUGUUGCAUGCUGUCACACACACACAAAAAGAUUAUUCUAUUCGUUUUUGCCCUUUUACAAUGGUGGCAGUCUCCUGCAUCAAUAGACUUAGACAGCUGUAUAAUACCUUGCUUACAUGUGUUGGCUUAGACACAGUCCAACACGUAUACCAACACUAGUGGAUUGACUCAAAUAGCCAACAGUAAUGGACAGCAUUAGGAAAGCGUUUAGAUUAUUAUUUUUUGGGGUGGAGGGGGGACUCUGUUCUAAAUUAAUCAAUAAAAAUUGCAGUAUGCAAAUCCCAGUUUAAUGGAAAAAUUACAUUCGGUGUUGAACUUGAGUCUAUGCAGAGUCCUCUUCAACACUUGACUUACUCUAAAUCUGUUGACCCUUUGUAAGAAGGCAAAGCAGAGGCGGCUCUCUAAUUAGGCGAUUUAGGCGGCCGCCUAAGGUAUCGCGGCCGCCUAAAUCGCCUGAGGGCAGACUUGACAUAUCGGGUCCUUUAGGUGUGUGUGCAGCAUACCGCGGUCGUGGGGUCGCAACCCUGCGACCAGGUGCCCGCCGCCAUGUGUUGCGGCCCCGACCUGCCCCGAGUAAGCGCCGGGGGGGGGGGGGCACGGAUCAAUUUUUGCACCGGGGCCCCAUGGGUCAUGUGUACGCCACUACUUCGGGGGCCUCAUGUAUGAGUUUCGCUUAAGGCCUUGCCAAGUCUAGAGCCGCCACUGAGGCAAAGGCAAACCCUUCUAAAACAUUUUGAUUCCUUACAGUUGGGGGAGACCAGGUCACUCCUGCCACCAUAACCACUGCAGUGCACUGUAUGUUAUGGCUAAAUUCCUUUAAGUAAUUUCUGGGAGUUCCUUUGAAACUCGUUUUUUCUGGGCUUUCUCUUGAAUAUUGCAAUGGCUAAUUGGUUCUACAAUUUCCUAAAAGUAUUUUCCUUUACUGAAUGUAAUAAUGUCAUACUUUUGAUACCUCUUUAUGUAGGUAUAUUCCCUUUUGUAAUGUAUAUAUUUUAUAAUCUCCAUAUACUAAAACCUGUUUUUAUUGUAGAGAUAUCAGGCAGGUAUGCGACUGUCAUUAGUUAUCCACAUACCCACUAAAAAUCAGUUUUAAUAAUCAUGUUGCCUCAGUGUUUUUGGACAGACUGUGUGGGAACAGUGUGACACAAAUUGGGGCUCUACCACAGACUGCCUGCUCCCCAUUGAUAUGGCUAUGGUAGAAGGGGCAGUCUAUAGUGUUAAUAAUUAAAGUAAAUAAAUAUAUGUGUGUGUGUGUGUGUAUAUUUAUUUACCAUAGCGUGAUACAUAAUGCAGCUAUAUCUUUUUGCUAGAGAAUUUUAUAUAUAUAUAUAUAUAUAUAUAUAUAUAUUUAUAUUUUUGUAUUUUAUUUUCCCCAGCAGUACUUUAUAUGGGUUAAUAACUGUCUCAUUUCUUUGCUGCAUAAGUUUUUAAAAAAAAUGUGGUUUUGGUCAUUUUCAGUACUGCUCUCUGGUUCUAAAUGGUGAACCAAUACUCUGCAUGAAUGAGGGCAUAAAGUGAAAAAAAAAAAGACCUUGCUACAAAAACUAGAAAAUAAAACAUUUGUAAUUGUUUCUGUUCCCUGACUAAGCAGAAAAUGCUGCAAGCAUUUUUAUAGUAAAAGGAAAUAGUUGAGUAAUGUUGGGGGGGACACACACACACAUAAUUACAUGAUUUUGCUAUUUCAUGACGAAAAGUCAUUAUUUUAUGAAAGAAAAGGAGGCGAGUAUUGCUUAACCCUUUCUUUACUGUCCACCAAUAGCACCAAAAACACAAAUAAAAUAAAAAAUAGAACAUAUACAGUGAGACACCAGCCAAUUCCCAUCCAAGUCCCAGUAUAACAGCAGUCACUGCCUCUAAAGCUUCCUCUUUCUUUGGAGAUGCGACACAUCACAAGGAGAGACAUAAAACAGGAACCAACAGAAAAUCCCAACAUCCGGAAAACACGGUAACAAAAUCCAGUGAAUGCUAGUCCAUGGAACUUCUCAACCAGUAACAAACUUCAAGACGGUAACGGAAUCCAGCCAUCUUAAGCUAAACACACCGGGAAGAAGUGAGGACCACCGAACAACAGCGAAUCAAGCUGUGAAAACACAAAGAACAGGAGCCCUACGGUUAAAUCGGUACUAAAACCAAAUUGCAAAUGCCAAUAAACAUGAAUCCCACAAAUAGCUGGUCGUUAUUACAAACCGUUCAAACCCACCAUACAAAAACAUGAAAAAAAUCGAACCGGGACAUACGUGAACAUAAAACUAAAUAAAUACAGUGCAUACAACAUAAUACCUACUGCACCCUGGAAUCCCUAUAUGAAAGAAAAAGUCAUCAGAGAGGGAUAAAACAAGUUAACCCCUUCAGGACUGAGGACGGUUCAGGACUGUCAUCAGCAUUUUAGCGUUGCCGACCGCUGACGGUCUUGAACCGUCCUAACGGUGUAAUGUACUUACCCGAUCGCAGUCGUUCCCCUGGCGGCAAUCGGCGGUGCUCCCGGUGUGGGGAGACUGCCUGCAGCCCAGACAGUCUCCCCAUGGCGGAUUAGGACCCCUGUGGCUAUGUGAUCGAUCAACAGAGCGAUCACAUGGUCACAAUAGGUGUCCAUGUGUCUGCCUGCAUGGGGACUGCCUGUGCUGACAGGCAGUCUCCCUGCUAGUGUAAAAUAAAACUGUUAAUGUUAAUAAAUAAAAAAAAUUAUAUAUGUGUGUAUAUAUACCUCCAAAAAUGUGUGUGUGUGUGUGUGUGUGUUUGUAUGUAUGUAUAUAUAUAUAUAUAUACCUCCAGAACUGCUGAACGCUGUUGGAGAAAGUCUCACUGUGCAUCUGUCUUUCUCCACUAUAAAUUUAUGCUGAGCUCAUACAGCUUGGCUCUUUCCUCUGCAAAAGUUAAUUACUUCAAUACCCUCAUAACCACGCUCUCCCGCGAACCCAAACGACUAUUUCACACAUUUAACCCUCUUCUUCGCCCUGCUGUUCCUCCUCCACCUACUAACUUGACCACCUCAGACUUUGCAACUCACUUCACUGACAAGAUCUCUACAAUCAGAGAAGAGAUAUCUCAUCUUUCUUCUUCCCUUUAUAAUUCUUCCCCUAACUUCACUUCCUCUGCUGUUCUAUGUUCAUUCGCACCCGCUACAUUGGAAGAAGUUUCUGCUCUGCUCCAGUCCUACCGCCCCACCACCUGCUCCCUAGAUCCAAUUCCAUCGCAUCUCAUCCAUACACUGUCUCUUUCUCCACCUCUCGCUAAAAUUCUCAAUCUCUCUCUCUCUCCUCUGGUAUAUUUCCAUUGUCCUUCAAACAUGCAACUGUAACCCCAAUUCUAAAGAAGCCCAAUCUUGACCCUAACUCCCCAUCCAACUAUCGUCCUAUCUCGCUACUGCCUUUUGCAUCCAAGAUCCUUGAAAAAAUUGUGUAUGCGAGAUUGACAGACUUCCUCGAGUCCAACUCUCUGCUAGACCCGCUUCAGUCUGGUUUCCGCGCUAAGCACUCUGGAAACGGCACUGACCAAAGUAUCCAAUGAUCUACUCGCUGUAAAAUCUUGUGGUCACUACUCUAUCCUAAUUCUCCUUGACCUGUCUGCGGCUUUUGACACUGUUGAUCAUCAACAGCUUCUUCUCAUCCUCCUCAAUAUCAGUCUACAAGAUACUGCUCUCUCCUGUUGCUCCUCCUACCUCUCCCAGCGCUCUUUCAGUGUUUCUUUCUCUGGCUCUGCUUCUUCUCACCAACUCCUCUCUGUUGGUGUCCCCCAAGGUUCAGUCCUUGGUCCCCUACUGUUCUCCAUCUAUGCCUCCCUUGGUAAACUCAUUAGCUCCUUUGGCUUCCAAUAUAAUUUUUAUGCAGAUGACACCCAAAUCUACCUGUCCUCUCCUGAUCUCUCCCCGUCCCUCUUGACUAGUGUCUUUGACUGCCUCACUGCUGUUUCUAACUGGAUGGCUGCCCACUUCUUUAAACUAAAUUUGACCAAAACUGAAAUUCUGGUCUUUCCUCCCUCAAGUGUUGUUACUCCUGUGUCUGUCUCCCUCCAAGUCAACGGUGCUACCAUCAGCUCCACCACACAGGCUCGCUGCCUAGGUGUUCUCUUUGACUCCGACCUCUCCUUCAAGCCUCAUGUUCAAUCUAUCGCCAAAUCCUGUCAUUUCCAUCUAAAAACAUUGCGCGCAUCCGCCCCUACUUAACGCCAGAUGCGACUAAGGUCCAUUCCACUGUCCUUUCUCGCCUUGACUACUGUAAUCCGCUUCUCAGUGGUCUUACGUGCUCCCAACUAGCGCCGUUACAGUCCAUAAUGAAUGCGGCGGCAAGGCUCAUCUUCCUGUCCGCACGCACCUCCCAUGCCUCACCCUUCUGUCAAUCCCUACAUUGGCUUCCUAUAAAAUAUAGAGCUCAAUUUAAAAUUCUGGUUCUUGCUUUCAAAUCUCUACAUAAUGCUGCUCCCACCUAUCUAUCCUCCCUUAUACACAAGUAUGUCCCGUCUAGGCCCUUACGAUCUGCUGAAGACUUACGUCUAUCUUCUGUCCGUACUCCCACCUCUGAUGCUCGCCUUCAAGAUUUCUCGAGGGCUGCACCGUUCCUGUGGAACUCACUUCCCUCCUCCGUUAGAUGCUCACCCAGUCUCCACUCCUUCAAAAAAAUCAUUAAAAAUCCACUUCUUCAUAAAAGCGUAUCAAUUAAACUGUUAAUAGCUCCGGACUGAUUCCUCUUCUGCAACUGUCACUAGUCUAAUACUAUCCUUUCCUUUUUGUGUCAUUUUACCCCACUCCUUCUAGCAUGUAAGCUCAUUGAGCAGAGCCCUCAACCCCUCUGUUCCUGUGUGUCCAACUUGUCUGGUAACAACUAGAUGUCUGUUCGUCCACCCAUUGUAAAGCUCUGCGGAAUUUGACGGUGCUCUAUAAAUAUCAUAAUAAUAAUAUAUAUAUAUAUAUAUAUAUAUAUAUAUAUAUAUAUUUGAUAUGUAGACAUAUAUUAUACCUAUAUAAUAUAUGUCUAUAUAUCAUAUAUAUCAUACUAAGUAUAUUUUUAUAUUAAUUUGUACAUAUAUUAAUAUAAAAAUACUUAUAAUUCGUUAUAUAAUAACUAUAUAUAGUGUGUGUGUGUGUGUGUGUGUAUAUAUAUAUAUAUAUAUAUGUAAUUAUAAAAUACAAAUAAGUAAUUUAAAUUACAUAAAAACAUGUAAAAAUAAUAAAAAUUUUUUUUAAAAUCUAUAAAAUUUUAUUCUAACUGUAUUUUGAUAUUAAUAUAUAUUUAUAUCAAAAUACACUUAGAAUGAAAUUGUAUAUAUAAAUAAAAAUUACGAAAUAUACAUAUGUCCAUAUACAAAAUUACAUAAUUAUAUAAAUAUACACGUAGACUUCAAAUAUAUAAAUAUGCAUGUAUAUUUAAAUUCUACAUGUGUGUUUAUGUCAAAUUUUUACAUAAUUGUCAUUUUAUUGAUUGCAAUUUGAGGGACCUGCCUGCCAACCCAGGAUGAAAGUCCAGAUAAUUUAAUUUGCUAGCAUUUUACUGAUGAUAUAAUUGUUGUGAUACAUUUUCCUGUUUCGAAACACUAAUAUUUCAGCAAAGUCUCCCGAGUAUAACAGUACCCCCCCAUGUACAGGUUUUAUAGUGUUUUUGAAAGUUACAGGGUCAAAUAUAUGGGUCAAAUAUUUUUACAUAGAAAAUGGCCAGGUUGGUUACGUUGGCUUUGAGAGCGUAUGGUAGCCCAGGAAUGAGAAUUUCCCCCAUGAUGGCAUACCAUUUGCAAAAGAUGAUGACCCAAGGUAUUGCAAAUGGGGUAUGUCCAGUCUUUUUUUAGUAGCCACUUAGUCACGAACACUGGCCAAAAUUGGCGUUCAAUUUAGAUUUUUACUUUUUUCACACACAAAUAUGAAUCCUAAAUUUUGCCAGUGUUUGCGACUAAGUGGCUACUAAAAAGGACUGGACGUACCCCAUAUUGAAUACCCUGGGUUGUCUACUUUAAAAAAAAUAUGUACAUGUGUUAUUCAGAGAUUUAUGACAGAAAAUAGUGUUACAAUGUCACUAUUGAUAAAUUUUAAAAAUGUAUGUUUUGAAACGAAACCGCAAUAUCCUACUUGUACCUAUAGCCCUAUAACUUGCAAAAAAGCAUGUAAACACUGGAUAUUUUUAAACUCAGGACAACAUUUUUAAUCUAUUUAACAGUUUUUUUUCAUUCGCUUUUGUUGAUGAGUAAAAGAUUUUUCAAGUAAAAGUAAGUCUUUUUUUUUUCAAUUUUUCAUCAUAUUUUUUUAUUUUUUUUUUCAAUUAAAUUACAUGAGAUUAUAUAAAUAAUGGUAUGUAAAGAAAGCCCUUUUUGUCCUGAUAAAAACAAUAUAUAAUUUGUAUAGAAACAGUAAAUGAGAGAGCAGAAAAUUACAGCUAAACAUAAACACCACAAAAGUGUAAAAAGAGGCCUGGUCGCAAAUGUACAACAUCGCAAAAACAGUCCAGUUACUAAGUGGUUAAACAAACUCAGGGUGGGACAAUACUCACCUCCAUGUCGUUCAUAAAAUCAUAACUUUUCGUCAUGAAAUGGCAAAAUCAUGUAAGUUUAUGUGAAGACACGGAGGCUCAUAUUGCAAGUCUAAAGCUCACCAACAACCGCUGAAAAAAACGUAAGGGACCAGCCAAAAAUAAAAUUCGCGAAACGUGGAUUCAUGAGACCAGUCCGCCAUCCUCAUCAAGUCUUCCAGACGCGCACCCAAAGCCACCAUGGACGUGGCUGAUGCACUCCGGGAAGAGUGGCGCCAAAAACGUACGUGUCCACACCAGCCUGUACCAUCAACCACUUCACCCAGCAAGCCAAGGUAGUACUUAAAACAGGAGAAAACAGUUGGCGAAUGGAGAAAAAUACUUGCGGAGACUAUACACAUAACGAUGCGCAGUGGUCCGAAGCUCAUAUUCGCGUAAACAAGCAAUAGAACACAACGCCAGAGAAGCAGGAAAGGCCGGAUAAGAUACCGACCAAAUAGCAGUCUUAGUAUGUCUGGAGAUGUUAAAGGUCACCCCGUCCGGAGUGAAGGACCGUGCAUCGUAGUCCAGGGUACGGAGCUCCGAAAUCCGCUUGCACGAAAUGAGGCAAAAGAGGGAGACCAACUUGACUGACAAUUGUUAGGUCCGUGUUAGGAGGCCAGAAACUGAAAAGAGACAACACACAGGAGACAUCCCAAGUGGAGGAGUAACGAGGCCUAGGAGGGCGCCACAGUUGGGAUCCCAAAGCAAUCGGCACACUAAGUGGUGUUGGCCCACGGGACAACAUUCAAAAAUGCCAUGAGCCGAAGAAAUGGCCGUCUUGUACAAAUUACUUGUGCGAUACGCAUGGCCAAAUUUAGACAAAAGGCCCAAGUCUGUUGCAAAACAGCCGAACAGAAGGCGCAAAAAACGGGCGCAAAACAACCAGGAAGAUAGAGAAAACAAGGAACAAUAAGAAAAAUUAAAGGAGCCAAAGGAAGACAAACCCCAAGAGCCUCCCCAUUCCCCCCAAAGGACAGGAGCAACAAGGCAAAGCCAAAAGAGAGGAGAGAAGCACAUGCAAGAAAACCCCAGAGGAGGGUCUGGAACCCUGGGCUCAAGGUAAAUAACAUUAACCAAAAACCAUAUAAAGUAGAAUAAUAAAGUAGAAUAACAAAAUAGAAUCAACUAUGAAAAUAACCAAAGCAUAUAAAAGGCAAUUAAAGACAGAUAAUGCUAAGAGUAAAAAUUCUGGUACUUAUCUUGAAUGUGGAGCUGUAAAGAAAGAGGAAGCUUUAGAGGCGGUGCUUGCUGUUAUACUGGGACUUGGAAGGAGAUGGUUGGUGUCUCACUGUAUAUGUUCAGCUUUUUUCUAUUUGUGUUCUUUGCUGCCACAGUAAAGAAAGCGUUAAGCAAUAUGAGCCUCCGUGUCUUGACAUAAAAUACUGUGAAAGUUCCAUUAUUGUUAUAAUUCUCCUUUUUUUAAUUUUUGUUUUUCUCCUGAUGUCUUCUAGUCGGUUGCAGCCUGGAAGAUGUUUUUGCAGUUUUAUCCGCAUUUCAGAAAUGUUCGUUUCAUCUCUUAUCUCCUGACUACACAUUGAAAUCAGUACAAAUCUGGCUAAUUGGACAGAUGCAAGGGGAACCAGUAGAGCACAUCCCUGAUAUCAUAUGCAGCCGUAAACCGGGAAACAAUCAGGGCACGCUCUUCAUAUGGAAUUCUAAGAAUCCAUUUGAGGGAACACUUACUGUGUUUUACAGGUAAAACACGUGCCUUUUUUUUUUUUUUUUUUUUGCUAGUAGUAGUAUUGUUUUAGUUAUACCUCCACAAAACAGUGUGAUUUUUAUCAUUAAAAUUGCUUAAGUAGUCCACUUUCAUGUGACUGAUGAAAAGCAGAAAAUGCUUAUUGUCAACAAAUCCUUUAUCUAGGGAGUUCCUGUCCACCUAACGCAAAGCUAAUAUUUCAGCAAGUUGUCCCACAAUACCAAAUUCUUAAAGAAAAGCUUUAAAGCCAUUCUACUAGAAUCCUAUGUAAGCCAAAGGUGGGAUUUCUUAACAUUCAUUCCGCUAGUAACAAAUAUUUCCAAACAGGUACUUCUGAUAUUAACCAUAUUUUAUUAAUAAACACCAUUAACUUGGCACUGAAGUUAGCAGAGAUUCAUGUGCAUUAGGUUGAGAAGAAGUCUAGUACAUGCACUGUUCAGCCACAACAUUAAAACCACUGACUGGGGAACUGAAUAAUAUUGAUUAUAUUGUUACGAUGGCACCUAUCAAAGUGUGGGAUGUAUUAGGCAGCAAGUGAACAAUCUAGUUCAUGUGUUGGAAGCAGGAAAAAUGGGAAAGUUAAAAAUCUGAGUGACUUUGACAAGGGCCAAAUAGUGAUAGGAUCUUCAAAAUGGCAAGUCUUGUGGUGUGUUCCCGACCAACAGUGGUGCACGGAAGGACAACUGGUGAACUGGCAUCAAGGUUAUGCACUAGUGUAGCUCACAUUGCUGAAAAACCUAAUGCUGACCAUAAUGUCAGAACACACAGUGCAUUGUGUGCUGCGUAUGAGGCUGCAUUGACACAGAUCAGGUUGCGCGGUCUGAUGAAUCACGUUUCCUAUUGGACCAGGUGGAUGGCUGGGUACUUGUGCGUUGAUGGCAACAGGAUGCACUAUAGGAAGAAGGCAGGCUGGCGGAGGACGUGUUAUGCUCUGGGCAAGGUUCAGCUUGGAAAUCUUGUGUCCUGGCAUUCAUGAGCAUGUUACUUUGACAAAUCCAAUACAUGGAGGCUCCACCUCACAAUUGCUAAUGUCUUGCUUCCAGAUACGAUAGACGUUCAGAGGUUUUGGGGAGUCCAUGCCUUAACACAUCAGAGCUGUUUUAGACGAAGAUUUACACAAUAUUAGGCAGGUGGUUUUAAUGUUGUGGCUGAUCAGUGUAUAGUCUUCCAUCUUUACCUUUGUCAAAUAUACACAGAUUCUAAAUAAGGUGUAAAGAAAGACAGGCAGCAAAACCUAGAAGUAUGAGGUUCCCUCACAGACCAUCAAAAAAGAAGUAGUAGUACAAUAAAACAGUUGUGCAAACAAACAACUGAUUUAUUGUACUUCUACAUAAGGUGUGACUUAAACUUUAACAUUCUGCACAUGUUUCAUCAGAGUUAGGAACAUAAGUUGUGCUGCAUUGCCAAGCUCCAUAUCAAGACUCCUGCAUGUGCGUUUUUGGUGAGUGCUUCCACUGAUGUGGUUAUUAGCCCUCGACAUAGUCAGAGCCUAGUGUUAUGUAGCCUAAAAUCUGCUCCAACAUAACACUUAUUUCCCUUUUCUAAAAAAGUUUCAGGCUCUGUUAUAGCAGAUUUUGCAGAUGUUAUACUCUAUCUUCCGUCUCUAAUAAACCAUACAGGAUAGAGAGAUGUCUGACACUGCAUUCUAGGCAAUGAAAAGACAGGUUUACAUAUACCAAAGGCUUGUAUAGUAAAUUUUCAUCAGUGAAGUUGACAUAUUUUUUUUCAGUGGGGCUUUUCAAUCCUUGUAUCAUCAUUAUCUUAUAUUACCACUAGGUGGAGAAGUGAUAUAUAGAUAUUAGGCUACUCCUCUCCAGUUUAAUAAUCAUAACAUGUACUGAUGUGAAUCUAAAAGGAUUGAUCACGUUUGAUGAGAAAUGCUUGAAGUAACUGUAAUUGUCUUCAAAGACAUACAAUAUAGAAACAUAUUGCUAAACCUUUAAUUGCAAAGUUAAUAAAUUGAUUGUGCCUCACCUAUGCAUGUUGUAUUUUUGUAUUUAAUUUAUUUUUAUUGAUAUUGCUAUGUAGAGACAGGUACCUAAAGGGACACAAUUCUAUAUUACCAUUCUGAUUUCUGUCCAACCUGGAUGGCAGUGAUAGGAUAAAAGCAAUGAGGGGCAGUACAUGGUUUUUAUAAAUGUACAUUUGAGAGAAAUGUGUUUGCUUUGAAGCCUCAGUUUUAAUUUAUUUUUAAAGCUUUAGUCAAAACUUUUUAUCAAUAUAGUGUUUAUCUCUUUCUCUAUCUAAAAUAUUUAUUUUAUAAAUUUAGGCCUGGCUGACAUAGGACUUAAUUUGUAAGUCCUGUAUAUAUCCAGGUAUCUAUAUAUACAUUUUUAAAAGGUUUGCUUAUUAGCUGUACUUUUAUUUAUUUUUUUAUUUAUUUUUUUAGGAAUGAUUCAACAUUAUUGCAGUGUCUUCACAGCCUCAGACGCGUUCUUCCUCCAACUUGUGCAAUAAACACUACAGUUCUUGGGGGCAAAGAUUGUCUAACUGAGAGCUUGGCACAAUCUCUUGAAGAAGAGUUACUUGCCCUUAGGAGCUCCGUCUCCUCUGCAGAAAGUAAAGUUGAAAAAGAAUUGAGCCAGAGGUGUAAAAUGAAGAAAAAUAAUGGUACAACAGAUUCUUCUUCUGACACAAAGGAGCGAGUACAAAAGUACAGAGAGGAGCUCCAGAUUGAGCAGAUGCAAAGUGACCUGGAUACUCCCCUAGCUGCAGAUGGGGAUCUAUACAGUAAAAGCAUGCUGAAUGCAGUGCAACUUCAAAUGAAUUCCGACAGCCUUGCAUGUAGGCUUGCUAACUUGUAAUUUUGAAUAUUGAAUAAAUUACACAUUAAAGUGGAAACUAUUUUUGCCACCUAUACCGUUUUGUAUAGGUAUAAAAACUAUAACUAUUUUUGCCACCUAUACUAAUAGUAUAGUUAAUAUGGUAUUUCAAGUAAAAAAAUAAAAAUCUUACUGGCCUACUAAAUUGAAUUUACACGCAUAUUACAGUCUAUGGAUAUGUUUAAAAAUUUUAUCCCUGAUUUGUGUAGGACUGCAUAUGUUAGAUCGUGUGUCCCUUUACCCAUUUUGGUGGCUUUUUCAAACAAACAACAAAAUAAUAAUUUUUAAUGUAGUUUUUUGUGUGGCCCUGUGUGUGUGCGAGUAAAUUCUUGUCCUUAGUCGCAUGUUUUAUAAUGCCUUCAGAACCCUUUAAUGGCAUUAUAUGGUAUGUACUCUCACACUCUCCCUCCCUUCCUCCUUACAAAGGACAAGGUUAGAGGAGUAAUCUCAACAUUCUGUUCCUGGGACCAGCAGACAAAGGCAUUCAAAAUAUUAUAAGUAAAUGAAGUCUAGUACUUACAGAAAUGUAGAUAGUUUUAAUAACCGUGUCUGGGACACCUUCUUUCACUAAAAACUCCCGCUCAGUCUCCAGGCCAUCAACACUAGCAUGUGCAGCUCUGGGUGUUUCAAGGAACCGUGAAUUGGUAGGUCUGGUUGGAAUGGCAACUCCCUCCCAACUCAUCCGUUUCGCCAUAGGGAACCUGGGCCAACAUGGCCAGAGAGGGAGUCUUGCAAUGACCUACACUGUUUUUUCUAAAUUUUCUUUAGAACUGGAUAAAUUGGAGUAAAAAUGUAUGCCUCUGGGUCAGAACAUCCUGAUCCUGGGCUCUCUGGUUGUAAUGUCUGCAGAAAAAUGCCCUGGCCUAAUUGUUCUGGCAGGUGAGUAUUGUUUUGCGAGUCCCCCAUCUCUGAGUCAGUUAUGAAUACUUCUGGGCAUUACUGCCACUCGACUUUGGUCAUUGCUACUCGAUUCAGGUAGUUUGCCUCAGUGUUCUCAAACCUUGAGAGUUUCUUUGUGCCCAGAUCAUUAUGGGUUUCAAUACUCUCAGCAAUAAGUGGCUGUGUGUUCCACCCUGAUGAUUGAUAUAGGACACAGCCACUCUGUUGUCCGAGCUAAUUCAAAUCCACCUUCUCUUUAAGGAAUGCGGAAAUUGUAGAAGAGGUCACAUAGCCCCAAGAUGUUGCUUGGAAGAACUGCAUCUCUCCUUGUCCAUAUAUCUUGAGCGACUAGGUCCAGACAGUGAGCUCCCCAUCUUCAAGAAUUUAAGUCUGUAGUAACCACUAUCCAAUGUGAUUUUAUCAUCAGGAAACCCUGAGAUUCAUUUAUUCUCGUUAGCCACCCAGUAUGGUGUAGCUUUACCAUGGGUGAUUAUUCUUGCAAAAACUCCCUAUGUGGAAUCCUGAGAUGCCUUUCUCUGACUAGGCCAAUUGUUGAUGCUAGGACACCCAGCAGCUGUAUAUAUGCCCUUGAUGUUACUAGGUGUAACUGUAGAAAUUGGUUGAAAAAACUCAAUUGCCUAAGAUUUGUUUCCCUUGACAUGGAAAUGGUGUUUUGGCUGGUAUUGAGCUCUGCACCCUGGAAUUCAUCUUAUGAGCUGUUAUGAGACUGCUCUUAUACACCAGCCAUAACAAUGUAGUUCUGAAAGAAGUUUGUAUCUCUGUUUUGUAUCCUUCUGGCGAUCCGCUGCUACUAGCAGUAGAUCAUCCAGGUGGUAAAACAAAUUGAUACCCUGGACUCUUAUUACCACCAGUACUUUGAAAAGGUCCUGGGGUGGUAAUGAGGCCAAAUGGUAGGACCUGAAACUGGAAAUGAUUCUUUUCAAUCACAGUUUUUUUUUUUUCCCCCUUUUCAUCCAAUAGGUUUUCUACAUACUCCCUUAAUGCUAUUUUCUUGAGUUUGUCGUAGGAAUCCGUGUUGACAAAAAUAAAUUUGUUCUUGGCCUUGAAAUAAAUUCCAGUAUGCUCUCUUUCUCUCUGCACUAUGGAAAAUACACAGGUGUCCUGGAUAUAAUGAGCCCAGGUGUUGCUGAAGGGAGAAAGUCUAGUUCCUGUUUUUGGUAGAUAGUCAGAAAUUCUUCACUGAAGUAAGAAAGGACUGAUUCCUUGGCCUAUUAGAGGAUUGGAAGGAUGACUUUCCACCUCGCCACUAGUUGCCCCUAACUGUAUUCUCUACCAGGCCGUGUAUCCAGGUAGUAUGGGUUUCUAGCAGGUCAUCUAUCUGAUCGUGAUGUGCUUGGUUUUUUGGAUCUCUUAUCUUGGGGUAAAAAGACAUUGCGGCCCAUGCAGCUUUCUUGAUAGAGUCCUGUAAGGUCUUUCCAAACAGUAGUUCCCCCUCAAAGGGAAUAGAGCAUAAGUUAGACUUGGACGAGGAGGAGUCUCACCAGUAAGACUCUUCUGGCAGCAACUGAAAAGGCCAUGGUACAUGAAAAUAUUCUUGUCAUGUCUGCAAAAUAAUUCUGUGGCUAUAUGCAGAUCCAAAUCGAAUCACAGACAUUUGGCCUUUUGACUCCUCUCUUUCCACAUGUGCAUCCAGCUCUUUCAUCCAGCUUUUCAUAGCUCUGGCGUCAGGGUUACUGCUGGAUGACAACCUGCUCCAGCUGCUGUGUAUAUCUUGGACAGGUCUGACUGCAACUUGCGGUCCAUGUAUUCACGAAGAGAAGCAGAGAUGUCUAGUGGUAACUUCAUCUUCUGUACUAGCCUAGAAAUAGGUGCAUCCACCUUAGGAAAUAAUGGUCCACACUUUGUAAGUGUCCUCUUCCAAAGAGUAGAGUCUUGGCCAACUUACCAUUGAAGGGAACACAUCUCUCUAGACAUAGUUUGUUUGUUUUUUUCAAUUCCAAAGUGACCAACUACCACAUGGGUCACUUUGGAUAACGAUAACUUCUGCCUGUUGAGGUCAGCAAAGUGCUUAUCAAAUCUAUCCACCUUAGGUCAAUCUUCAGGUAUCUCUAGCAUCUUCCACACCAUCAUGAUUAGCCACUCCACAAAUUUGGUAUCCAGGGAUUCCUAGAGCAUCUCCACCUCUUUCUCACUCAAAUCUACCUGAUCUACAAUCUCAAAAUAAUCUGUUGGCCUCGUGAUGUCUAAGUCUGAGGAGUAUUGCCUCUGUCUGGAUCUUUUUUCUGAACAUUUUCUUUCCGAUAAGGCUCCAAAGAUGUCCUGUGAGACCUCCUUCUGAUCUAGGCCAGUAUGUCACAGCUACCUUCUGGAGGCAAUCCAUACAUAGCUGCUUUCUUUCUGCUGUCUUUCCUUCACAGCCUGAACAGGUGAUAGAUUAUUUUCCCUUUUCUUUCUAGGUGGAGAGGAUACCAUCCCUUUUUCAGGAAAAACUUUUAAAUAGAAAAUUACUUUUCACCCACUUAUAUUUUGCAUAUUUAUGUACACCAAGCAUGUCAAACUCGUGCCCCGCAAUGAAUAUUUUUGCGGCCCGCGAGCUUGACAUGCUUACUAAAGCAGAGUAGGCACCUGCUCUCCCCACAUUGCAGGUGCCUACUGUGCUCAUUUACCCGGCCGGGGGAGAGGUCUCUGGCAGCAGCGAGGGAGCUCAGUCUUCUUGCUCCCUCGCGCGUGCUGUCUGAAGUGAAGCCGGGUGCCGGAAUAUGACGUCAUAUUCCGGUACCCGGCAUCACAAAACUGCGCGCGCGGGAGCAGUGAGGAGCAAGAAGACUGAGCUCCCAAGAGAAGAUCAGGGAGAGCUCCCACACCAGCUCCCAAAGGUAGGGAGCAAUGAAUAAAAUGAUGUGAGUUUGUGUGUCUGUCACUGUGUGUGUGUGUGUAGCUGUCACUGUGUGCGUGUGUGACUCACUGUGUGUGUGUCUGUCAGAGUGUGUUGGUCAAUGUUGCGAUGGCUGUGGCUGGACAGUGGAGAACCUGGCAGGGCACGCAACACCACAUUCUGACGUGACGUUAACGUGCUCCACCUUCACAGGAUAGUGCCGUUGUUGGUAUACCGGAGGCUGGACUCCGGAGUCGCAUACUGGCAGCGGCAAUGUGAGUGGAGUCUGCUUGUUGGCUAAUAAUAAUUUUUUUUUUUUUUU